CGCUGGUCGGGUGACAGGGAGAGAGGAGAGAGAGGCAGGAGCGGGAGGCUUGGGGAUGAACGGGGCGGCCCCGCCGAUCUUCGACUGCAAGGAGCGCGCCCUGCUACUGGGCGAGAGCUUCGAGAGGAAGCCGCGCUGCGCCUUCCACACCGUGCGCUAUGAUUUCAAACCAGCCUCCAUUGAUACGUCUUGUGAAGGAGAUCUUGAAGUUGGUAAAGGCGAACAAGUGACAAUAACUCUGCCAAAUAUUGAGGGUUCUACUCCACCAGUAACAGUUUUCAAAGGUUCCAAGAAGCCAUACCAAAAAGAAUGCAUCUUGAUAAUUAACCAUGACACUGGAGAAUGUAGACUAGAGAAACUUAGUAGCAAUAUCACUGUGAAGAAAACCAGAGGUGAAGGAAGCAGUAAGGUCCAGUCUCGUAUUGGGCAACAGCAACAACUAAUUCGAAAUGCAAAUAAGAUUCCAAAUAGUGUUAAAUGUUCUCCACCAAAAGAGAAGAUGUCUCCACCACCUUCUCCUAUGGAUGAUAUUGAAAGAGAGCUAAAAGCAGAAGCUAAAGUUAUAGAGCAGAUGAGUAGCUCUGAUAGCUCAUCUGAAUCAAAGAGUUCAUCCUCUUCAUCAAGCAGUGAAAAUAGUUCUAGUGAUUCAGAAGAUGAAGAGACAAAGCCACCCCUCCCCCUGUCAAUGCCACACCUACAGCCUUCGAUGAUGACUGUCUCACAGCGAACCUUCCCAGAUGUAGAUGCUGGAUAUCACAGAAGACGAGAGGGCACUGGCCACUUGAUGAACACACUGCGGAAUGAUCUCCAGUUGAGUGAAUCUGGAAGUGACAGUGACGACUGAAGGUAGUUGACAUCAUUUCCCUGGAUGAAGAUGAAAAUGCAUUUGUUUUGCACUACGUAUGAACUGAUAAUAGACAGAGGAAUGUUACCAACUUUGAUAAUAAAGUUGACUUAAUUUUUCUGA